UUUGGUCUUUCCCUUUUUUUCCUGGUAGAAUUACUUCGACAUGGGCAAGAAGCGUGUAAUGUUACCAGCCGAAGAGCUCGACUUGUCUACUGUCAAGUAUGAGGUUGAAGAUAUUGACGCUCCGCAUCUGACCGGUCUCACGUUCAGGCUGUUUGUCAAGAUACUCGAGGCACCACUAAUUGGCCCUGCUGUUAUCUCUUACUUGAAGAACAAGAACCGAAUGGUUGAGUUUCUUAGGAGUACUGUGAUACCAGAGCCACCAAUGUAUAGACCUGAAUAUCCUCCUCAAGAUCCAGAGCCUGGCACCAUCUUAUUGGAUGAAGAUGGAAAUCCUGAAGACCGAGUAGAAUUAGCGUUGAAAUGUCUUCCGGACUAUGAUCCUGCCAACUCCUGGAAUGGCAAUCUCAGUCAAUUUCGCUACUGGAAAAUACGGGAUUAUGCGUAUGCUUAUCGUUCUAAACUUGUAACCCCAUCCAUGGUGGCAGAGCGGAUUAUUACUGUCAUUGAGGAGUUUAGCCAUAAGAAACCUCCAGCUCCUCUACUAAUUUCUUUUGACGCUGAGGAAGUCAGGAAACAAGCUGCAGCUUCCACAAAGAGGUUUGAGGAAGGGAAGGCGUUAUCAAUCUUGGAUGGGAUUUUCAUGGCAAUUAAGGAUGACAUAGGCUGCCACCCAUAUAUAAUGAAGGGUGCAACAACUUGGAAGGAUGAAACUAAUUCGAAUAAUGAAGAUGCAGUUUGUGUUUCUCGAUUACGUAUCUGCGGUGUGAUCUUGGUGGGCAAAGCAAAUAUGCAUGAGAUGGGCAUGGGCACAACUGGAAACAAUCCUAAUUAUGGAACGACAAGGAACCCUCAUGCCCCAGAAAGGUACACUGGUGGAUCUUCCUCUGGACCAGCGGCAAUUGUUGCUUCUGGAAUUUGUUCUGCUGCACUCGGGACAGAUGGUGGAGGUUCAGUUCGAAUACCUUCUUCCCUUUGCGGAGUAGUUGGACUGAAAACAACAUAUGGGCGAACAGAUCUUAGGGGUUCGCUAUGUGAGUCUGGGACGGUUGACAUUAUUGGACCAAUUGCAUCAUCGGUGGAAGAUGUCACGCUAGUGUAUGCUACAAUCCUGGGAUCCUAUCCUAUGGACAGAAAUAUUUUGAAACCUUCACCGCCUUGCUUGCCAAAUUUUCCAUCUAUUGAAAGUUUGAAUGCCGUGGGGUCGUUGCGACUUGGAAAAUAUACUCAAUGGUUCAACGAUGUUCAUUCAACUGAUAUCUCUGACAAAUGUGAGGAUAUUCUGAAUCAGCUAUCUAAGACCCAUGGCUGUGAAGUGGUAGAGAUUGUUAUACCUGAGCUGCAUGAGAUGCGCACUGCUCAUCUAGUUUCAAUUGGAUCCGAGAUGUUAACUGCAUUGAAUCCUGACUGUGAGGAUGGGAAAGGUAAAGAGUUGAAUUAUGAUUCGCGGACUAGCAUGGCACUGUUCCAGUCAUUCACUGCAUCAGAUUAUGUUGCUGCCCAGAGUAUUAGGAGAAGAAUAAUGUACCAUCAUAUGGAGAUCUUCAAGAAAGUUGAUGUCAUAGUGACGCCGACUACUGGAAUGACAGCACCUAAAAUACCUCCUAGUGCCCUUAAAUAUGGGGAAACGGAUAUGCACGUAACAGGUUACCUCAUGCGAUUUGCCGUUGCAGCAAAUCUUCUAGGUCUCCCUGCCAUUUCUGUCCCUAUCGGGUAUGAUAAGCAAGGCCUUCCAAUUGGUUUGCAACUGAUGGGCCGUCCGUGGGGUGAAGCUUCAAUUUUACGCCUGGCUUCUGUAGUUGAGGAACUCUGUGGAUCUAAGAAGAGGCCUGUAUCAUUCUACGAUGUUCUGAAGACAAGCUGAAUGCAGCUUAGCUCCUGUUGCUGAUGUUUCUCUGCCGCUGAUUGUAUGGGUUUUCAAGCACACGGGGAGAUCUUUGCAGUGACUUUAUUGCUCCUGAUUUAGCGCGGAACUUUUGUUUUUAAUGUCAAUUUGGAAAGGACCUGGUUAUCUGUCUACUUUUGUGGCUAAGAUGUUGGCUUUUGUAAAGUUUAAUUACCAUACGAAGAUUCGCUUUCUAUCAAAUAAAUCGUUUAUGCAUAGUGACUUUCCCCUAAAA